CGCGGCUGUGCAGCGGCACUGCCCGCCUCCUGGCGCGGGUCGAUGACGUCAGCAGACUGUGGUUGGGAGCCCGGGGAUUCCCCGUGUUGUUGUCCCGGGGCCCGGUGCGAUGGGCGGCCGGAGCGUGGGGCGGCGCUGAUGGCGGCUCGCUGGGCUGCCCGCGGCUCCCAGCCGGAGCGGGGGGUGGACGAGUUCACCGUCCCUGCGGAAAAGAGCCGCCUCCUGGAGGGGAGCCGAGGCCGCAUCGAAAGCUUGUUUGAGGUGCGGCUGGCCGUGCUGAGGGCGCAGGGGGACUGGCGGUCCGCGAUCCGGCCGCCGGGCCAGCCGCUGCCCGCCGCCUCCAGGAUCUGGGUGCAGCUGGCGGGCGGCGGGAAGGCCGUGCGCAGCGCCAAGGAGUAUAUUAAGGGACUUUGUGAACCUGAGCUAGAAGAAAAGGAGUACUACCCAAAGGACAUGCACUGCAUCUUUGUUGGUGCACAGAGCCUGUUUCUCAACAGUCUUAUUCAGGAUACCUGUGCAGAUAUAAUGGUGCUGGAAAUAGGAUUGCUCAGUAUUAAGGGGGUGACAGAAGCUGUUGUUAUGGCUCAAAGUCAUGUUCAGCAGUUUGUGAAGCUUUUUGAGAAUAAUGAAAGCUUAUUAAGUGACAACGAAUCAGAGAUUAAAAAGCAAUUCAGACAAUUUGUGGAAUCACAUGCAGAUAAGUAUACAAUGGAUUUACUGAUUUUGCCUAGCUCACUAAAAAGAGAACUCCUAAUUCUCACACAAACUGAAUGUUGUGAAGUGGAGAGUGAGAUCAUAGAUCUUACAGGUUCUGAAAGCCCAACAGAGUUUUUACAGAAUGAAGCCUCCAAGGUAAUCGCUACAAACGGAGAUGGAAGAGCAGGUAGUGAGGAAGCAAGAAACAGUGCUGGGACACCUGUAACUGAGCUUACAAAGCAAAUGGACACUGUGUUUUCUGAUGCUCCUGAAACAGGUUUUAGUCCCAUAAAUGUUAUGCCUCUGUCAGAGGCAGUGGUGCCUAAAGAAAGGCAGUCAUGUAAAAGAAGAUCUUCGCACGAUGAGGAAAGACUCCCUAAAAAGCCGUUCUCUUUGGAAAAUGAUCAGGAAGUGAAACCUGCCUCACACAGUAAUCCUUCAGACAGCAAGGCAAUUACUGAUCUGUUUUCAGAUAGCUACAGUGAAUCAGAUGAUCCUAGUUAUUGCCUUAAAGAAGCUGGUGAUACCAGUGAGGAAAUGGAAUAUACGAUUCUUGUGAACUUUUUCAGAACAAUGGGAUAUUCCCAAAAUAUUGUAGAAAAAGUUAUUGGUAUCCUGGGACAAUCUGUGGAACCAUUAACAUUGCUAGAAGAAAUUGAAAAGGAAAAUAUAAAAUUUCAAAAAGAACAUGAGCAGUCAUCUCAAAAGCCUAGAACUAUCAAUCCUCCUUUAGGGAGUAAUGCAAAUAAUUCACAAAAGCUAGAAGACAAAGGCAUUUCUAGCAAUAGAAGUCCACUUAAAUCGAGUCAUACUUCAAAUGAAACAAAAAAUGAACAUCACAAAAUAAGAGAUUCACCAAGCAUACAAGUCAACGCAGAAGGUAAAACGCAUAUGUUAGUACGCAAACCUGCUUCUCCUUCCAAUAAAAAUUCAACUGUAUGCUAUAAACAAAGAGGCAUUUAUUGUCCUGAUAAGAAUCGCAGUUCAAGGUCGGGUGAUGUAGAAACUGAUGGUGUAAAUUCUGGCGUUACACAAGCUCUAAAAGACGCUGAUUUUGUAGCCAGAGGGAGCUCAGAUGUGCAGCAUUCCUCAACUAAGACUAAAACUGCAGUUCAGCAAAAAUCUGCAGGGCCCUCAAUUGUACAGAAUAGUCAUCCUGUUUUUGAGGACCAAUUUGGACACUGCAGCUCUUCUCCAGUGAGAUUUCAGAACCAACGCCUUUCCCAAACCUCAGAUUCUGAAAAUCUUACCCCAGACCAUGUAUUGUCUACACAAAUACAUCCUUCAGAUUCUGAUAGAGAGACAGUGGGACCACGCAGACAUCAUUCUGAUCCUUCAAUUACUGGAGUCCAAAGAUUUUUGGAUUCUCUGAAAAAGCCAUACAAACUGGAGUUGAAAAAUGAACCUGGGAAUCCAUAUUUAAAACAUAUCAUUAUUGAUGGAAGCAAUGUUGCAAUUUCUCAUGGUCUAAGGAAAUUCUUCUCCUGUCGAGGAAUUGCAAUAGCUGUUGACUACUUUUGGAAACGUGGCCAUAGAAAUAUUACUGUAUUUGUUCCACAGUGGAGAACAAGACGUGAUCCUUCCACUACAGAGCAGGAUUUCUUAACGCAGCUCCAAGAUGUUGGAAUAUUGUCUUUAACCCCUGCAAGGAUGGUUUUAGGAACAAGAAUUGCUUCUCAUGACGACAGGUUUUUGUUACACCUUGCUGAUAAAACUGGAGGUGUUAUUGUGACUAAUGAUAACUUCAGAGAAUUUGUGACAGAAUCACUUGCCUGGAGAGACAUUAUUCAAAAAAGGUUGCUGCAGUACACUUUUGCUGGUGACAUAUUUAUGGUUCCUGAUGAUCCUUUGGGAAGAAAUGGGCCUAGAUUAGAUGACUUCCUUCGGAGUGAAGGCUGUUCUAGAGAUUUUUGGUCAGCACAAAACGCUUUACAGAGAAGCGGACAACAUUAUUCUGAGACAUCCUUCUCCGUACCAGUCCUCAAACCAACUAGUAGCAGUCAACAGUCUAAAAACAGAGUACAUGAUGAUCACUCAUCAACGUGGCUUCCACUGGAAACAAACACACAGGCUUGCCUAGCAGGGCCACCACAGAGAUCUGCCUCAGAAACAGUACAGCUAAGAGAAGCUCUGAUAAAAAUUUUUCCUGACUAUGAGCAAAGACAGAAGAUUGAUAAAAUACUAGCUGAUCAUCCAUUCAUGAGAGAUCUUAAUGCACUGUCUGCCAUGGUGCUUGACUGAAUAUUAUACAGGGAUUUUGAUAUCGCAACUGAUCUGACUAACUUGGAGUAUCAAUGUGAAGAAGAAUGUUGCUCUUCUAUGUUACUUUGUGAAUAUUCGAAACCUAAUUUUAUUUGUAUAAACAGAUACUUUUUGUGUGUUCUGUUGCUAGUAGAUGCCAUUUUUUAGUAAAUUAAAAACUGCUGCUACUACACAUUCGUAGUAAUAUUUUCUAUGAAAAAACCAAAUCUUAUACUUCACUUGAAUUGCUUAUUAAAGCAAUGGCAGUUCUAAAGAACUGUUAUCACUUUAAAUAUGUGUGUUAGCACUUUUUAAAAAAUCCUUUCCUCAAGAGGGAAAUGUCUUGUCAAAGUGACUGUUACAGCUUCAGAUAUAUUUUCCAGAUGCAUGUGUAACAUAAGCCAUGCACCUGUCAGGUACCAUUGUUGGUGUUUUAUCUAGAGCAUAGGUUUUCUAAGAAUAUCUAUACUCUACUAGUACCUCCUUCACUUACAAACUUUGCAGUAUUUUUCUAUGGAAGUAAAACAGACCCUUUUAAUAUUUUCAGAUAUGAAGACUUCUACGUAGUGUAUAUGUGAACCUGCUUUCCUUAAACCUGCGUCGUGGAUUUUGGAAAUAGGCUAUGCUCCUGUGGGUCUAUGGAAAGCAGCUUGAAGAUCACUGUAUGGGAGCACUGGAUGUUUGUUGUAUUGUUGAAGUACUGUCACAAGGUGGCAUUAUGCAUCUGCUGGAUUGUAAAGAGGAAGGUUUCUGAUAUUCUGAAGUGCUUAUUCUUAUAUAAAGAUAGAUUAAAUGCAAGACAGAUAACUGAGAGUGUUAUGGAUAAAAUUGUAUAUGAACAACUUAUGGAUACUGAUCAGCAUUCUGAUAUUAUGAGCAGCUAUACCCUUUGUAUAAAUGGGUAAAAUCUUAGUGUCCAUUGAAUGAAAACCAAGAAAAUCCAUUUGCCUGGUCGUCCAGGCUGAGAGAUACUAGACUAGAGUAGUUAAGAGAGGGAAGGUUUCAAUUAGAAAGUAAAUUCAGAACUCUCCUCAAUAGAAGGUAUUUCUAAUGCUUUAAAAGAUCUGAUACCAACAUUGGUUUCUAAGUUGGAAAUUCUUUUGACCAUCAAUACUCUUUUCAGAAUAAUUUAGUUUCUUUAACAAUCUGCGCUAUUACCUGGGUGUAUUUGCCCUGCCUGUUCUAAAUCUGAAUGUUGUGAUAAGCUAUUAAUAGAAUGUGAUGCUGUUUAUAUAGUAAGUGGCAUGCUGUCUUGUGCAGAGCUAAUACACUGCAGUUAACAUUAAAUCUGUUCUGCGUUCUAUACCAAAAGUGAGAUGGAAAAAAGGAAAAAUCUAUCAAAGCUGACCAGUAGUACCACUUUCAAGAACAGGAGCAAAAUGAAGAUUACUACGUGCCUAUGUCUCUGUACAUGAUUAAGUCUGUUAUGCCUUCCUUUCAACCAAUUCCUUGUGCUAACUGUUCACAUUGGUUAAAUCAAAUUAGAUUGUAAAGAAAACGUGGGCUACAGAGCCCGUGUUAAAUCUCUGACAUACUGAACCUUGCCCUAAAGCAUAAAUAUAGUGGCUUUCUCUCCAGUUCCCUGAGUUCUGAAAUCAUGCUUUACUUAGAUGCGGAAGAGCUGCAAUAUACUGAGGAAAUGAGGGUGUUGAAAGUCUGUCGUCUUGCAUGGCCCCUUCGCAUAUGUUGUGAAGUCAGAAACAAAACAAAAGGCAAAGACAGGAGCAAACUGAAAGAUGAUUGCAGCAAAAGAAAAUAGUAUUAGAAACUGGUUUUACAGCAUCUCAAAAAUACAAGUGAGGAUGAAGAAAGGUUUUUGAUGUGUUUCUAGUAGUCUGUGUUCCAAACAGAUGAAUCUUAAUUCUUUUUUUGGGCAAUUCAUUGGUCAAAUGGGCAAAGUCAUUCUGACCAGCGCAUUGUCCAAGAAACAGUGCUUACCUACUAAGUGGUAUGUGAUUACUGCGUUCUGUCCCCAUAAAAACUAGGCAGGUUCCUAAAGUCACUGAUGGGAGUUGGUAUCAUUUUAAUAAGUAGUAAGGGCAUAAACUAUGACUAGUAAAGGGCUUUGCCUUAACAGGGAUAGGAUCCCAAGGAGCACAGUGGUGGUAAAUUGGAUAGUUCUGCUUAGUUCUACAUUUGAGUGAGAUACAGGAACUGUGGCUCAGCUUCUUAAUUCCCAAAUAAGCUCUUCUAGAGGCAAUCAGGAGAAUCAAGGAAAUGGGCCAAAAGUGAUACAAACUGUUCCAUGUCUCCUUUGCAUAUUAGUAUACUCAGAACUGAAGCCCAACUGUGCAGGUAAAGAAGUGCAGAUAAAGAAAUACGGUUUUGUUUUCAUUUGUUACAAGGAAGGAAAAAGGUAAUAAUUGAAGUAUGAUACCAUACAGGCAGAAAACACACACAGCAGAAAAGUACCGUGUUGAUUACUGUCUAGUGUGGGAAGACAUGGUAAAGUAUGUAAACUCUUCACUAGCUAGCAGUGGAUUAGGGAACUAUAUUAAUGCUAGUAAAUGCUGAUGUGCCAUUCACUUCUGUGUUAAAUGUCUAAUUUGAAAGGAAUUAAAGAGGAAUGUGGCAUCAGGUGUUCAUAGUAGUAGCUGAUUCCUUUUGCAUGACACAAAAAAACUAGCUGGGAAUAGUAGCCGUCCAAACUGUAAUCUUACCACUUUUUCCAGACAGAGGACAGACUUGACAAAUUCAUUGAUUUUGAUGGCAGAAGUUUAUUGCUGGACAUUAAAGCUGAAAUUCAUGUGCAAUGAUA